AUGCCUCCGAGCAUUGUAAGGUUGUGCAAUAUGAACGACGGACAUGUCAACGUCAAGUCGCUGGAGCCUUUUUCCGUCUUGACUUCUCUGAAAAAGCGAAAACGUCCGCCGAUGAUUGAGAUCCCUAAUGUACUUCAAGUAAUUGAAUCCGCUGCUGAAAAAUUCAGACCGAAGAGUUGUGAAUCCAGAUCUGACGUGUUUUCGUCUAGUGGAUUCGGCGUCGGUGUUUGCUCCGUCAAAGGCAGGAAAUUAUUCAUGGAAGAUACUCAUACGAUUGUUUCUUCUUCGAACACUGACAAGGGUUUCUUCGGGGUUUAUGAUGGACAUGGAGGCAGGAAGGCUGCGGAUUUUGUAGCGGAGAACCUACACUCGAAUAUAUUCGAGAUGUUAGAAAAAUCCUCGGGGAAUACAACAACAGAAGAAGUUGUUAAAGCUGCAUUCAUGAAAACAGAUGAUGAAUUCCUGAAACAGGUUCGUGUUUUCAUUUUGUGGUGA